CCCCUUUAUUCUGAUAGUACAAUGUUGUCCCGCGUUCCAGCUCGUUCGUUAAGCACCGCUACACAAGCAAUUAAAAUUGCAGCCAGAGAUGCCCCAGGCAGCUUGACUUCUCUUUCUGUCGUUGUGAACAACGCUGGUUCCAAGACAGGUAAAUCUGGUGUCUCGCACUUAUUGUCGAAGUUCAACUUCUUGAACACCGGCUCCAAGUCGGCCUUGAGAUUUACCAGAGAAUCCGAGUUGUUGGGUGGUGUUUUCUCCACUUCCGUCACCAGAGAUGCCAUUGUGUUGAACACACAAUUUUUGAAGCAGGACUUGCCAUACUACGUUGAAGCCUUAGGAUCAGUUUUGACUAACACCUCCUUCAGACCCCACGAGUUCGUUGAAGUCGUGUUGCCAGCUGCUAAGGCCGAAUACGAAGCUGCUCAUGCUUCUAACGCCUUCACUGCUUUGGAAGCCUUGCACGAGUUGUCCUUCAGAAAGGGUUUGGGUAACCCCUUGUACUACGACGGAACCACCAAGGUCACUGUAGAAGACGUCGAGCAGUAUGCUGCCGAAGUAUACAAGCAGGCCAAUGUCGCCAUCUACGCCUCGGGCGCAAACUCUGAAGACUUGAAUAAGUUUGUGGGCGAAUCCUCUUUCGCAUACUUGGCAUCUGGCUCAACUCCAGCUGCCUCCGUAGAACUCUUUAAGGGUAAGGAAUCGAGAUUCAGAGCCGCUGGCCAUUCAGGUGCCUUCAUCGGUGUCCCAGUCAAGGCUGCUGAAUUUGGCAAGUACGAGACCUUGUCUGCUGCCGUUGGUUCAUCUCUCUUGCCAGGUGCUGCAUCUCCAUUGGCUAAUAUUCCAGGAGCAAGCUCCUUCUUAUACAAAUACCAAGACGCUGGUUUGUUCGUUGUUUCUGUCACGGGUGCUGCUGCCGACGUUGCCCUGGGCAUCAAGCAGGCUAAGAAGGCCCUCGACUCUGUCUCUGCUACCGACUUGUCCAACGCUACCAAGGCUGCCGAAUUAACCGUUGCAUUACAAUCGACUUUCGAAGCUCCUUUGGACUUCAAGGUCAGCGCUGCGGAUGCCAAGGUAGGUGAAUUCAACUACGUUGCUAUCGGUGAUGUCGACGUCUUACCAUACGCAAGUGACUUGUAAGUCUCCGAAGCUCCACACCCAGCUUCAAUCUAAUGAUACUUCUUCAUCAUGUGCAUAUCUUUCUUACCUAUUCUUCCAUAUUGAUAUCAUUCUAGAGGAAAAGAACAAUCACACUCAAAUUAAAAAGAAAGAAUCAGAUAUCGUACACUGGGACGCUUUUAGCCCAAGAGGUACAGUACCAGAAUAUACUAAUUACGUUAUAAUUUUCUCUUCUUUUUAUCUUUAUCUUAUAUAUAUUUAUACAUAUAUCUCUUUGAUAAAUUUAUCUUGUU